CCCUAGGUACCGCCAUGGACCGGGCCUGCGCGGGGGCAGGGGCCGUGGCAAGAAGCCGGAAGCAGCCGCGGCCCCAGCUCGGGAGACAUGGCGGGCGUUAAAGCUCUUGUGGCAUUAUCCUUCAGUGGGGCUAUUGGGCUGACUUUUCUUAUGCUGGGAUGUGCCUUAGAGGAUUAUGGUGUUUACUGGCCCUUGUUUGUCCUGAUAUUCCAUGCCAUCUCUCCCAUCCCCUAUUUCAUUGCCAAACGAGCAACAUAUGACUCCGAUGCAACAAGUAGUGCCUGUCGGGAACUGGCUUAUUUUUUCACUACCGGAAUUGUUGUUUCUGCCUUUGGAUUUCCUGUUAUUCUUGCUCGUGUGGCCGUGAUCAAGUGGGGAGCCUGUGGCCUGGUGCUGGCAGGCAAUGCAGUGAUUUUCCUUACAAUUCAAGGUUUUUUCCUUGUAUUUGGAAGAGGAGAUGAUUUUAGCUGGGAGCAGUGGUAGCACGUGCUUUAUUCUGAUAAAAUGCAUUUAAGUUCUUAGAAUUCAUACUGUGUGUAUAUGUGUGCACAUGUGGCCUUUUACUAUGAAAUUUAAUAUACUGUUUCUUUAUACCUUUGUAAUCAUGUUCACUUUAAGGAGGACUACAUGGGGAAAAGGUUAGUUUUAUUCCCAGCCAUUAGACCUCUCCAUUUACUCAAGUUGAAUUAUGUUAUUUGUUUAGCUUUUCAUAUAGUCAUGGUGCUCUCAGAAAAUAUGUUAACUCAGUCUUGUAGGCAGUUGCUCACUCAGUGUGCUGCAUCUCCACCUUUGGCCCGGGGAUGUGCUUGAGUGGGCACAUAGCGCUGGGGCUGUCUCAGCUCUGCCCAGGACUUCCAAGAUAUACCUGUGUCCCAGAGAGACAGAGGCGGCUCCCUCUUUAUGUUGCGGACUCUUGCUUCUCCAAGUGUGGUCCAUAGACCAAGAGCAACAGCAUCUCGAAGUGUGGUGCACAGGAGCUUAUUACAAAUGCAGCGUCUGGGGCCCCAUCCUCAACCUAAUACAUUUUGAUGAGACCCCAAGUGAACCUCAGACACAUUAAAGUCUGAGAAGCGCCGUCAUGAAGGAAGAAGCAUUGCCCUCCCCUUGGCUGAACCCCUUUGCCUCUCUGGGCGUUAGCUGCUUGUAAAAACUGUUUCCCCUGCCCCUCGUGUUGAGGCCUACUUCAGACCGUCCUUGGAAUUUGUGAACUGUCCAAACCUAUACUUUCUAGGCUGUUCCUCACAUUUGUGAAGUGUUCUCAGUAGAGAGCAGCUAUGGCUUCACAUUGUCUGAAAGGCAGUGGCUGCCUUCACAGUGCUGGGGGGACAGAUCCCUCACUGGGAGGCAGGGGAGGGAGGCUGGGCUGGAACCGGCGCCUGCUUUAGCAGGAUGGGGAAGAAUGGAUAAGUAAUGCCAUUUAAUUUCCCUUCAUAAUCUGACAUUUCUCCCCAGUUCCUUCCCUGUACUGCUGCCCACCCACCUUCACCGGUCCCCCCAGACACACACACUAGCAGCAGUUCUGAUUUGCCCUGUCUUCUUCAUGGCUCGGCUUCUCCUUUCUAUAGAGAUGUGGAGCCAAGUAAGCAAGCAGAGGGUGAGCUGCUUCAUUUUAUUUACAUGUGAUGUACUUGUCUUUCAUGUCCUGUAGGACUUUUAAAAAAUAUAUAUAUUUACAUAUAUAUGUGUGUAUAUAUAUAUAUAUAACACUUUAUGCCACUUUUAAAUGAAUCAUUGAGAAUUCAUGUCAUGCUGGGUCCUGUAAUCACAGGUUUUCUAGCUCAACUUUUUGUCCAAGGCCUAUCGAGAAAGGGAAAUAUGGGAACUAGAACCACGUGAUUAGAAUAUAAGCAAUGAUUUUACAGCAUUGUUAAUGUGUGAUAAGAGACAUACAUUCAAGACACUGAAACCUUGAAGUUUGUAACCCCUUACUAUUCUGGAAUGAUGCUGGGAGCAGGAGAAGACAAGAGUGAUACCUAAAAGGAUAAUAUGCAAAGUGAUAUUUUAGCCUUAUGCAUGAUUUUAUGUUUUCAAUGUACUAUGUAUGUAUAGAACUGUUAAAGUUGUUAUUUCCAAUAUUUAUAUUAGAAAAAUUAUAUAGACACUUUAUAAUUUUAACCAGCAUUUUAAAUAACACUUACACUUACUGUAUUGUAAUAAAUUUUACUUUUAACAGAAAAGAAAAGCUUAAUUUUAAAAGUUUUUAUUCUGAUGUCACCUUGCUUAAAAGGUAACAAAAAUAUGAAAAUUUCUUUGUGUUCUGAAAUGUGCAGUUGUGAGCAAUAAUCUGUCCUGCAUUAGAAUAAUAGCAGAAAGUUGUAAGAUACCAUUUUGGAUGUGCAGUUGGCUUGUAAUAGCUUUUCUUUUCCUAAGAUGGAGAUGCUGUUUAAUUUAUACUACCUUUUGCAAAAAUGCCCUUGUUGCUUAUACACAUUUUAAAUAACCAAGGUAGCCUUAAUGUGUAGCCCUAAAGCAUUGCCUCUUGAUUGUAUUUCUAGGAUGAUAUAAAGCACUUGCAUAUAGAAUAUUUGUAGUUAUUCCCUACUAAUGGAAUGGUUUAUCGAAGUGAUAGAUUAUUGGAUUUGCUAUAUGUAUGAAACAGAGACAUUUAUUCUGCAGCACCUAGUAUCAUUUAAGUAAUAAAUGUCAGUAGGGAGUAUUGCUGUAUAUGAAUGUACGGUACAAAAGUUUCAUCUCGGUAACACAAAUGUUGGGCAUUUUAAAAUUCCUUAUAAAAGGUUCAUUUGUUUUCUAUACACUAUAGAAUAUAUUUUGGAGAUUCAAAGCACGUUGAUUACAUUCUAAAACUGAGAAUGUACGUAAAGAAUUGCCCAGAAGUGAGUAAUCUUAGGAAGAGAUUCUCUAUCAUGUUCCAAACAACUGGCUUACACUUUGAAACACUUUUCCCACAGAAACAAUAUCAUGCUACCAUGGGUUAUCAGGCCAAGCCUUCUGAGGAAGGCUAAACCCUAACAUAGCUGACCUUUAAUACUCAAAGUACAUGCCUGAGUUUUGGAUCUUGGCAACAGGGUAGUGUGAACAGUUUGAAGGAAGGAAAGUGUAAAUUUCCACCUCCUUUCCUAAGAACAAAUGUCUUUCUUGCUUCAAUUUUUGCAGCCCUCUCUAUCCCCUAAUGCCCUUGGGGUCCAUUAAACCUGUGAUGUUUGCUGGCCUCCUCUCCUGACUCGGAGGCUUCCUCUUAGUCUGCCCCACCUCCCGGGGUUCUUCAUAUUCCCAAAUCACCCACCUUUCUACUUCUACCAAUCAGUUUUCUUAGUAGAGCUGAUACCUUGUGAUGUUUAAGGAGAAAGCAGUCGGUUCAUACUCUUUCCCAGAAAGAAUGAAUGACUGUGAUCAUCUUCCCCACAUCUGGAACGCAUCCAUACCUGCCUCGUGCAGUUACCAUGCAGGGCUGCAGCUGCAUUUUUACAAGGGCAUGCCUUGGAACCCAUUUGCAGAAAUGGCAAUGUUCCACAGUAAAGUGAAAAAAGCAUUCCAGCAGUUUAUAGAAGGAUAGUAAUAUUUUGGGCCAGGAGCAAGCCUAUCACACUUCAUCCCUUCCUCACGGUGAGUUCUCAGCUGGUCCUACAUUUCAUAGUUGCUUCUUUUCCUCCACUUAUGAACCCACAGAUUUUUCUUACAGUCCUCAGGAAGUCUUUACCUCAAGGUAUCUUCUUGAUGAAGACUCUUCUAGAGGGUGAAAUGUUUCAUGAAGUUAAUAGCAUUCCUUAGGCUCUCAGAGAAAUGCUUAGGAGAUGUCACAAAAAUGUGCCUUUUCGAAGUUUGCAAAAUUCAAGUUUUGCACCAUAAUUUAACCAAAAUAUUUAUGAGGAUGCUAGCAUUUUCCAAGCAUAGUAAUUAGUUCACAACUGAGAAAUAUUAUUCCUGUAGAUGAAUAUAAGUUCUGCAUUUAAAUGUCCUUUUUGCCAUUCUGCCUCAUGAAGUACCUUAUUUGCAAAAAUCUCAGUGUAUAAUAACAAAUGAGUUACAAUCUGCUUUCAUGUGGCCAUGUUCCUGGAGAAGAGCAGUGACAUGUGACCCCAAACACAGUGUGCAAGGUCCCCAAGAUUGCUUUAGAAUGCAAUUAUGUACAUAUGAUGGGGAUGAUUUUCUUUCUUUCUUUUUUUUUUUCUUUCUCCACCUGGGCCACCAGAGGGUGAUUUCCUUUAAAAUCAAGCUUGUCAUUUAUACUUGAACAAAGACUUCUAUGUACAUUAUUAAACUAAAACUUUUAUAUUUUACUUUGGGAUGCAUUAUAUUUGGAAAGGAGACCAGCAGAUUUCUUUCCCCAGUGUUUUUGUUUGGAUAAUCAAUUAAACUUGGAGAAUUUGUCUAGUUUUGAGCCCAUAUUUAUUGUGGUUGAUAGAAGUAGUCCAAGAAUGUGUGUAACCGGGAGGAGUCGAGUCCCUAGUUACAGCUUUGCUAACAUCCCAGGGUUGAAGGUGGUUGUGUGGGACAUGGUUAAUCAAGAAUUUGCUGUUUUGGAAAAGAGAGAAAAAGUCAACACUUUAAAAAAGUGCUGUACAUAUUCUGAAGAGUCAUUUUGUGCACUACAGUGAAGAAUGCACACAUGUAAAGUACUGCUUAAGGAGUAACAUGUCCCCCUUAUAAACAGAGCAUUGGGGGAAGAUCUGAUGUUUUACAGGUGGAUUGAGGCAGUUAGUUAGAUUAUAAAGAAACUGAGCCAGAUAUUUCGUUGUAUUGCCCAACUAAGCGUAAAGUUAAAUUCUUAGUAGAAAUUCGGUUAUACCAACAUCACUGUAAAAUGCCCAUAAGAAAAAAUAGUUCCCAAGGAAUCUUCUCUGGUCCAAGGGCUUGUAUAUAAGAAUUUUCAUUUAGAAAAAGCACGCUGGAUGCAUCGAGAGACCUUGUCUGGGGCUGAGAAUGGAUGUGUCUGGAGAAAUCAUGUACCUGUUAUUUAAACACAGCAUCUUCUGUCUUGAGAUUUUUUUAAAAAAUACUUGCCUAUUUUUUUGGUCAGCUAAAUGUAAAUAAAAAGGUCUUAUCUGUUAUCCAGUAAUCAUAACUGGAAAGUUAUUUUCUUAUUUUCUUCCUACAAUGGCUCUAAAAAAUUUCCAUUUAGGUUAUUAGUCACGUUUCAUCCUCCUCUUCUUUGUUUUUGCUGAAGUAGGAAACAAAUAUCUGUUUUUUAAAAAAGAAAUAUAGGUGCAAAGAAUUAAAAUUUCCAGCCUUUCCCCACAUUUUUAAAAAGUGUUAACUUUGUAGAAAAUGAAUUUCAGUUCAUUCCCCUGUAGUCACCAGGCAUAGUGCAAAAUUAAUAGAUGACCAUUUUGAAACAAGGAUUCAUCCUCAAUACUGGGCAUAUAGGCAAAGUGGUCUUAAUCUUGAGAUUACUCACUUGGGAAAGAACACAACUGAAGACAUGGCACAUAGUAGCUCUUCACUGUUGACUUAUCUCUUUAUCAAAACAGGAUAAUUUUUAAAAAUAUUUAUUUAAUUAUUUUAUUUGGGCUGUGCCGGGCCUUAGUUGAGACAUGCAGAAUCUUUUUAGUUGUGGCAUGUAGACUUCUUAGUUGCGGCAUGCGGACUCAUACUUGCAGCAUGCAUGAGGGAUCUAUUUCCCUGAGCUGGGAUUGAACCUGGGCCCCCCUGCCUUGGGAGCGUGGAGUCUUAUCCACUGGACCACCAGGGAAGUCCUGAAAUUGGAUAUUUAUAGCUGUUUCUCACACUUCCAAAUUAAUUAUUAGAUAUUAUUAAAUCAAAAGUUGCUCAUUCAUUUUUUUUGUCCUCAGAAUAAUUAAACAAUAAAACCAUCAGUUCAACCUUAGCUAGACAAUUAUUUCAUUUAAUAAUUUAAAGCAUAAAUGCACAUCCAUGCUUCUGCCUCAACACUUUCAUGUCCUGUGCAGUUGAGAAACAAAUUUUAUCACCAUAUUCUGUAAAGUUUCAUGAUUCUUACAGCCCUGCUCCCAAAACUGUAUGCUUGUUCCUCUGACGAAUCCAAAAUUCUCCAGUGCUUCUAACCAUCACUCCUGCAGCCUCACCAUUUGCGGUUCCUUGCUGAUGCUCUUGCUGAAAUCCACUUGCUGCUGAUGGAAUUGAGUCAAAUGAAAUUUAAAUGCAGGUUUUAAUUGGAUGCUUGAUUUACUCAAGGUACCACACUUAGUAUUUGCCAUGGGGCCUUACAGUGGUACCUAAGCUGAUGCUCUAUAGCCCACGUCCCCACAGUGUGCUAUGAAGCACCUCUGUAAUCUACCCACUUUGCCUGUGCUUGUCUCUCAUGUCAUGGAGGUUUCCUGUCACUCUGAGAGCACCUAGUUAAAGGCUCUAAAACAGAGGGUCCCCACCAAACACUGGCAUCAACAUUUAUCUCCUCUUUUACUGCAGCUUGUCAAUAAGGGGAAGUUGAAGGUUGUGGGGCAGAUACACAGGCUGUUUGAAGAUGGGACUUUUUGGACCCAUCUUUGAGGGAUGAAUGCGAGGUGUCACAUAAAACAUAUUUUUGAGCACUAAUUAGUGUCAUAAGUCACUACAGGAUUAAUACCCUUCCCACAAACCUAAGUUGAAAUUUAGUUAAUAGAAAAUUAUAACACACAUAUAUGUAAAACAUACAUCAAAGAGUCAACUUUUCAUUUAUUCAACAAAAACCUUUCCUAUUCUGUAUCUACACUCACUGACUUGCUUAUCUCAUGCUGUCUCAUGGCUUUACCUUUUCUAGGCAGCUGACUCACACAUGUUAACCUCCAGCCCGGACUUCUCUAAAUCCCAGAAUUGUAUAUCUGACUGCCAACAUCAUCUCUCUACUCGGAUGCCUAAUAGGCAUCUCAAACUUAGCAUGUCCAAAAUCAAAACUCCUGACACUUCCUAUUAUUCCCGGUUCUCCAGAACAAAAGACCUGGAGUGUUUUAGAACAUCUCAUUACUGCACAUCCCCCAGGCACUCCAUCAGGAGAUCGUGUUGCUUCUAGCUUCAAAUGUAUCUGGAAUCAAAACACUUCUCAUACCUUUGCUGCUACUAGUGGUUCAAGACAGUAUGGUCUUACUUGGGUUAUUGCACUAACCUCCUAACUGGUUCCCUGCUUUUGCCCUUUUCCCGCUUAAGGCUAGUUUCAACAGAGCAGCAUGAGUGAGCCUGUAAAAUGUAAAUCAGAUCAUGUCACCCCUCUGAUCCACUGACGUCUCAUCCCACUUCAAUAGUAAAAUGACAACCCAGUUGAAAAAUAGACACAGGUUCUGAAUAGGCAUUUCUCCAAAGAUGUGCAAAUGGCCAAUAAGCACAUGAAAAGAUGCUCAACAUCAUUAGACAUCAGGGAAAUGGAAAUCCAAACCAGUAUGAGCUUCACAUCCACUAGGAUAACUAGAAUCAAAAAGACAGACAAUAACAAGUGUUAGCGAGGAUAGGAUAAAGUCAGAGCCCUUGUAAGUUGCUGGUGGGGAUAUAAAAUGGUGUAGCCACUAUAGAAGAUUUUGGAAGUUCUUCAAGAUGUUAAACAUUGAGUUACCAUACAACCCAGCAAAUCCAUUCCUAGGCACAUACCCAAGAGAGAUGACAACAUAUAUCACACAAAAACUUGAAUACAAAUGUUCAUAGCAGCAUUAUUCAUAAUAGCCCAAAUUGGAAAGUAGAAACAAUCCAAAUGUCUAUCAGCUGAUGAAUGGAUAAUGUGGUCUAUCCAUACAAUGGAAUAUUUUUCAGCCAUAAAAAGAGAUGAAGUGUCGAUAAAUGCUACAACAUGUAUGAACCUUGUAAACAUCAUGUUAAGUGGGAAAAAAACAGUCACAAAACCCCAUAUAUUAUAUAAUUCUAUUUAUAUGAAAUGUCCAGAAUAAACAGAAAUAGACGGUAGAUAUGUAGUUGCCAGGGACUGAGGGAAAGGGUAAUGAAGAAUGACUGCUCAUGGGUAUGGGUUUCUUUUUGUGGUGAUGAAAAUGAUUUGGAAUUAGUGGUGAUGAUUGCACAGCUUUUGAAUAUACUACAAGUCAUUGGGCUGUACACUUUACAAAGGUGAAUUGUGUAGUAGGUAAAUUUCAUCUUAAUAAAAAAACACAAAAAACAAAAAGUCAAACAAACAAAGAGGAAACAACUUGAAUGUCUAUCAACUGAAAAGUGUGGUACAAACUUAGGUGAGAAAAAUGUUCUAGAUUGAUUGUGAUAAUGUUUGCACAACUCUUUGACUAUGCUAAAAACUACUGAA